GUCUAGUGCGCUCGUCGUCGUCUUGCUUGCUGCCUUCAAUCAUGCCGCUGAAUGGGGCACACACUGCAGCGGCAUCGGCAUCGGCAGCCUCACAAAAGGCGCAUGGGCCACUUAAAGCCCGUGGUACCCACCGCCCCGAGCGCAGCUGCUGACGCCCGCUUCGAGUGGAUUUAAUUGUGAAUUAAGUCAGUAUUGUGGCCUCAGCAUACAGAGACUGAGUGGAACUGCAUGGAAGGCACGCGCAGAGACGUUGGGCAGGUUGAAGAAAACUGAGAACAGGGUUGCGCCAAUGCCGAGGCUAUGGCAGCAAGCAAGAAAGCAGGAAGUGAGCUAGUCUAUUGUUUCGAAAAGAAUUUUUACAUUUAUUUACACCGUUAAGCAGCAUAAUUGUUGCUAUUUUCAUCAAGUUCGAGCCGAGCUCUCGAUGCAUUGUCAAUGCCAGUGACACCGUUCGAGAGUUUUGCUUUGAUGCCAACGCAAGGUCGAGUCACGGCCGUAACUGAAACUGUUUUAAUUCUUAACUAUUGUAGAGCUAUCGGCAAGAGCAUUAAAGGCAAAGAUGGUAGCGCAAAUAAUUCUAAUUGCCAUUUGUUUUAUUUGCCUUAAACACUACGCCAAGGGUGAAUUUCAACAAAGUCUGGCCAUAACUGAUAUUUUACCGGAGGACAUUAAACGGUACGACAAAAUGCGUCCGCCCAAGAAGGAGGGUCAGCCCACUAUAGUUUAUUUCCAUGUUACUGUUAUGGGCCUGGACUCCAUUGAUGAGAACUCCAUGACCUAUGUGGCUGAUGUUUUCUUUGCGCAAACCUGGAAGGAUCAUCGUCUACGUCUGCCUGAGAACAUGACGCAGGAGUAUCGUCUACUUGAAGUCGAUUGGCUCAAGAAUAUGUGGCGUCCGGACUCGUUCUUCAAGAAUGCCAAGUCUGUUACAUUUCAAACCAUGACUAUACCCAAUCACUAUAUGUGGCUCUACAAGGAUAAGACUAUACUAUAUAUGGUCAAGCUGACGCUCAAACUCUCGUGCAUCAUGAACUUUGCCAUUUAUCCACAUGAUACGCAAGAGUGCAAACUACAAAUGGAGAGCUUAUCUCACACUACAGAUGAUUUGAUCUUUCAAUGGGAUCCCACGACGCCGCUGGUGGUGGAUGAGAACAUUGAACUGCCGCAGGUGGCGCUGAUACGCAACGAGACUGCGGAUUGCACGCAGGUCUACUCAACGGGCAAUUUCACCUGCUUGGAGGUGAUCUUUACGCUGAAACGUCGUCUGGUCUACUAUGUAUUCAAUACUUAUAUACCCACCUGCAUGAUUGUAAUCAUGUCCUGGGUAUCGUUUUGGAUCAAACCGGAGGCGGCGCCAGCGCGUGUAACUCUAGGCGUGACGUCACUGCUAACGCUUUCAACGCAGCACGCCAAGUCGCAAUCAUCGCUGCCGCCAGUGUCCUAUCUAAAGGCUGUGGAUGCAUUCAUGUCCGUUUGCACGGUCUUUGUGUUCAUGGCGCUGAUGGAGUACUGUCUGAUAAAUAUUGUGCUCAGCGAUACGCCCAUACCCAAGCCCAUGGCGUAUCCGCCAAAGCCCGUAGCAGGUGAACCAGGAAAAAAGGAGGGCGAAGCAGGCGCGGGCACACCACCCGGUGGCAGCAAUGCGCCAGGCAACAAGCCAACUAUGAUGCCUCUGGCUGAUGAUAAAAUUGAAAAAAUUGAAAAGAUAUUCGAUGAAAUGACCAAAAAUAAACGCAUUGUUACAACAACGCGACGUGUGGUGCGACCACCGUUGGAUGCAGAUGGACCUUGGAUUCCACGCCAGGAAUCUCGCAUAAUAUUGACUCCAAUAGUAGCGCCGCCACCACCACCGCCGCCGCCGCCACCAGCACCUGAGCCAGAGCUGCCCAAGCCGAAGCUUACACCAGCCCAGGAGCGGCUCAAGCGUGCUAUCUACAUUGAUCGCUCCUCGCGUGUGCUCUUCCCAGCGCUCUUUGCCAGUCUCAACUGCAUCUAUUGGAUUGUGUUCUACGAGUAUCUUUAAGCCAAGCAAAUUGCUCGCUCAACUGUACAUAUGAGUCUAGGCCACCCCCCACAUUUACUCUCUACAUAUUUCGCAAUUAAGUGUUAAUUGUUCACAUUAUAAUAACGUAUACUUAAGCUAACACGUACAAGCUUUAAAGCAACAAAUUUUAAACACAGUUAAAGUAUAAAUACAACAUACAUAUUUAGCUAUUAUCCUUAUAACAAUUAAUACUAAUGGAUAUGCGAGUAUAUUUAAUUCCUAAAUGCUUAAUGUUCAAAUAUUCAGUGGCAUUGUAG